CUCACAGUUGUUUUGCCAUUUGUUCAAACGUGUGACAGACAUAUAUUUUGGGGUAGUUUAGGCUUCUGAAGGGCGGGUUUUCGACUGACUUUGGGCUGGAUAUUUUUAGUGGACCUGGCAACCCUGACUGCUGCGUGCUCAUGCUGGCUCCUUCAGCCUGCAGAGGAAGACAUGGCGCGAUAUUUAAAAGAUUGCAGAGUUCCUUGUAAGCACACUGGAGAUGACCUACGGGCUCUGUGUCGCAGACAGAGAUUAGUGUGCCAGCAGCUGAAUGUGACCAGAGACAACUUAAAUGACUAUGAGGUGGAGUACUUAUGUAACUACAGAAAAUUCAAGGAUCAGGAGUUUUUCCUGGUGAAGUGGAAAGGUUACUCGGAGGCUGAGAACACAUGGGAACCUCACAAAAACCUCAGAUGCCCGAGAAUGCUCCGACAGUUUCGACGAGACUUGCGUUUAGCGCUGCUUCUGGCCAAUAGGCCGCUAAACGCCACAUCACUGGAUGCACCUUCUGCUUCCUUCCUCCUCCAGAAAGCCAAGCAGCGCCUAAAACUUCUCCGCUGGGAGGAGCAGCUUAACCGGACCUGCAAGCACAAAGGUCGAAUCUUCGUUCUGAAUGAGGUGGACAUGGACGGACCUCCCACAGACUUUAUGUACAUCAGUGACUAUAAGAUCGAGAAAGGGGUGAAGGCCAGGCAGGCAGCGGUGGGCUGCAAGUGCACAAACUGUAUAAAAGACUCCAUAAAAGGAUGCUGCGCAGGAGCUGCCGACCACCGAAUCGCAUAUAAUGACAGCAGGCAAGUCAAAGUCAGGCCAGGUCUGCCCAUCUAUGAGUGUAACUCUAGAUGCUCCUGUGGGCCAGACUGUGGUAACAGGGUGGUGCAGAGGGGCAUUCAGUAUGACCUGUGCAUCUUUAAAACGGCCAACGGAAGAGGCUGGGGGGUGCGCACUCUUGAAAGGAUAAACAAGAACUCCUUUGUCAUGGAGUACCUGGGAGAGAUUAUCACCUCUGAGGAGGCGGAGAGGAGAGGAGAGAAAUACGAUAAGCAGGGAGUCACUUACCUAUUCGAUCUGGAUUAUGUGGAUGAUGUUUAUACAGUGGAUGCUGCACGUUGUGGAAACAUCUCCCACUUCGUCAACCACAGUUGCGAUCCAAACUUGCAGGUUUACAACGUUUUCAUCGAACACUCAGAUGAGCGCCUUCCCAGAAUCGCAUUUUUCGCAACACGAGCCAUCAAAGCAGGGGAGGAGCUCACUUUUGACUACAAAAUGACAAUUGAUGAGCUGGAUGCAGAGAGCACAAAAAUGGAUGCUAACUUCAGCCUGGCAGGAAUUCAGGACACUCCUAUCAAACGCAUGCGCAUGGAGUGCAAGUGUGGAGCGGAGAACUGCCGAAAAUAUCUGUUUUAGUUCUGCAUUCUGUGACUCUCUGAGUGAAUUUUAUUUUUAUUUUUUCUCUUUGAGAAAUGCCUCAUUGUUUGUUGUGGUCACAUCAGUUUUUUAGUAUUGUUGCAUCAUGCACUUUUCAGUCAAUAGUUUCCCAAGAAUAGUUUUAUGCUAACUGUGUUCUCUGAGCCCAGUGUUCUUUAUUCUUACUGAAGUUUUAGUUGUAGUUUUUAUGCUAGUUUUAUGUUACAUUUUGAAUUUGUGCACUCUUAGAUAUGCUGCACACCAAAGGUCAGUGACUUUGUGCUCUUUAUUUUAUCCCAGUGUGGCAUUUUGUUAAAUGCUUUUGUUUCACCACUUAAACAGUAUUGUUACAUUUGUUAACUUAAUAGUCAUCUACAAAACUCAACAGAUGAUCAUGUGUUUUUUAUAAAUAAAUGAUUUGACAGAUAUCAAAUAAAAGCAAAUAAAUUAUCAUAUUAAGUUAGCAGAA